UCUCUACACUUCAGCCCCACCCCUUGCCCUGCCCCCUGGUCAGCCUCCAACAUGGCUCUAGCAGUCUGGAUCAUCUUCACCUUUGCUGUGGCUUUCAGCAACAUCUCUCCAUCCUCACAAGCUCUGAGCCGGUCAAUGAUGCCCUUCGGCUUGAUGCGUCGAGAGCUGGCGUGUGAAGGCUACCCGAUCGAGUUGCGCUGCCCUGGAAGUGAUGUCAUCAUGAUUGAGACUGCCAACUAUGGCCGGACCGAUGACAAGAUCUGUGACGCAGACCCCUUCCAAAUGGAGAAUGUGCAGUGCUACCUUCCUGACGCCUUCAAGAUAAUGUCACAGAGGUGUAAUAACCGAACCCAGUGUGUGGUGGUAGCAGGGUCGGACGUGUUCCCAGACCCCUGCCCAGGGACCUACAAGUACCUGGAGGAACGGUGCCUGGCGAGAUCCAUUCACGAGUGCGUCCCCUACAUCUUUGUGUGUCCGGGGACUCUGCUGCGGGUGCAGGCGGCCAGCUCUCUGCAGGAGGCGGAGCACCAGGCAGGGGCGUGGUGUAAGGACCCGCUGCAGUCUGGGGACCGUCUGUACGUCAUGCCCUGGACCCCCUAUCGCACCGACAUGCUGUAUGAGUAUGCCUCCUGGGAAGACUUCAAACAAAACCGAGCAACCACCACCUACAAGUUGCCCAACAGAGUUGAUGGCACAGGGUUUGUGGUAUACGAUGGUGCAGUAUUUUACAACAAAGAACGCACACGAAACAUAGUCAAGUAUGACCUACGGACGCGCAUAAAGAGCGGCGAGGCCAUUAUCACAAACGCCAACUAUCAUGACACCUCACCCUACCGCUGGGGAGGGAAAUCAGACAUUGACCUGGCUGUGGAUGAGAACGGCCUCUGGGUGAUCUACGCCACUGAGGCCAACAACGGACGACUAGUGGUCAGCCAGGUGAACCCUUACACCCUGCGCUUUGAAGGCACGUGGGAGACCAGUUUCGACAAGAGGAUGGCAUCCAACGCCUUCAUGGCGUGUGGUGUGCUUUAUGCAGUGCGGUCCGUCUACCAGGACGAUGACAGCGAAGCAGGCGGCGACCUGAUUAUGUAUGCCUACAAUACCAACCGUGCACGCGAGGAGCCUGUCAACAUCCCUUUCCCCAACCCCUAUCAGUAUAUUUCCUCUGUGGACUACAACCCUCGAGACAACCAGCUCUAUGUCUGGAACAACUAUAAUGUGCUGCGUUACGCGCUGGAGUUCGGACCACCAGACCCCACCACGGGUCCUCUGACCACCACCCAAGUGUCCACCACUCUUCCAGCCAGGCCCUUUACCUCCAGUGCCAGCCCCUCUACCGCCCGCCCUCUGGCCCCCACCUCACGUCCAAUUGGCUCUAUCAACAAGCAUCCCGAUCUUCGACCAAUCACAGCCACUGUUCCCGUCACUCGCCGCCCACCCCGCCCUCCUCAAGGCCCGGAGCCCAAUGUCUGUGAGGCCAAGCUGGUCCGAGGUGUCCAGUGGCCCACCACACAGAGAGGAGAAACAGUAGACCGCCCAUGUCCCAAAGGAUCUCUUGGCAUCGCUUCGUUCCAGUGCUUGGCGGAGCAGGUCGCGUGGAACCCGCGGGGUCCUGACCUGAGUAACUGCACCUCCCCGUGGGUCAACCAGGUGGCCCAGAAGAUAAAGAGCGGUGAGAAUGCUGCCAACAUAGCUGGAGAGCUGGUGAACCACACACGGGGUCGGAUCCAGGCUGGAGAUGUCAGCUCGUCCGUGCGACUCAUUGAGCAACUGCUGGACAUAUUGGAUGCCCAGCUUCAGGCCCUGAGGCCAGGAAACAAGGAGACAGUUGCACGAAACUACAACAAGCUCCAGAAGCGAGAGCGGACCUGUCGAGCCUACAUUCAGGCGGUGGUGCAGACAGUGGAUAACUUGCUGCGUCCCGAGGCCCUGGAAUCAUGGCAGGACAAGAACAGCACUGAGCAGGCUCAUACUGCCACCAUGCUACUGGACGUCCUAGAAAAAGGAGCUUUCCUGCUGGCCAACAACAUGUAUGGGAACCGCUUUUCUGACCGAGCACUCAGCAUUGAUCUCGAGGUGCAUGUUCUAAACACAGAGAUGGACCUGCAGGACUUGUCUUUCCCACAGAACUAUGCCAGCGACAGCACCAUCCAGCUCUCGGCGUCUACUAUCAAGCAGUACAGUCGCAAUGGACAAAUCAAGGUGGUGUUCAUUCUAUAUAAAAACCUGGGGGCCUUCCUGUCCACUGAGAAUGCCACAGUGAAGGUGGAAAUGGAGGGGUUAAGCCACGAUAAGAAGCGCCUGGCGGUCAACUCCCAUGUUAUUGCUGCCUCCAUCAACAAAGAGUCCAGCAGAGUGUUUCUCACUGAGCCGGUGGUCUUCACACUCAAACACCUACAGUUGGAAAAUUAUUACACUCCAAAUUGCUCUUUCUGGAACUACUCUGAGCGCUCCAUGACAGGCCAGUGGUCAUCGCAGGGCUGCAGGCUGCUGGACACCAACAGCACACACACCACCUGCUCCUGCAGCCACCUCACCAACUUUGCAGUGCUCAUGGCUCACCACGAGCCGGAUUACCAGGGGCGAAUGCAUGAACUGAUCCUGUUUGUGAUCACCUGGGUGGGGAUUGUCAUCUCCCUGGUGUGUCUAGCCAUCUGCAUCUCCACCUUUUGCUUCCUGCGGGGCCUGCAGACCGACCGCAACACCAUCCACAAGAACCUCUGCAUCAACCUCUUCAUCGCCGAGCUGCUCUUCCUCAUUGGCAUCGACAAGACAGAAUACCAUAUUGCUUGUCCCAUCUUUGCUGGUCUUCUGCAUUUCUUCUUCUUGGCUGCUUUCUCCUGGAUGUGUCUGGAGGGUGUGCAGCUCUAUCUCAUGCUGGUAGAGGUCUUUGAGAGCGAGUACUCCCGCAAAAAGUACUACUAUCUGUGCGGAUACUGCUUCCCUGCGCUGGUGGUGGGCAUCUCUGCGGCCAUAGACUACAGGAGCUAUGGGACCAAGAAAGCAUGCUGGCUGCGAGUGGAUAACUACUUCAUCUGGAGCUUCAUUGGACCCGUUUCAUUUGUUAUUAUGCUCAACCUCAUUUUCCUCAUGAUCACAUUACACAAGAUGAUCCGCAACUCUUCAGCACUCAAACCUGACUCCAGCCGCCUGGAUAACAUUAAGUCGUGGGCUCUGGGGGCCAUUGCUCUGCUGUUCCUGCUGGGGCUGACGUGGGCCUUUGGCCUCCUCUUUAUCAACGAGAACACAGUUAUCAUGGCCUACCUCUUUACCACCUUCAAUGCCUUCCAGGGCAUGUUCAUCUUCAUCUUCCAUUGUGCCCUGCAGAAGAAGGUCCAUAAGGAGUACAGUAAGUGUCUGCGUCACUCCUACUGCUGCAGUCGCACCUCCACCACCAGCUCCCACGGCUCCCUGAAGAACUCAGGCCUGCGUGCCAACAACCGCUACUACAGCGGCAGCCAAGCUCGCCACGCAGCGGCCCACAGACAGAGUCGGAUCCGCAGGAUGUGGAACGACACAGUUCGGAAGCAGACAGAAUCUUCUUUCAUGGCGGGAGAUAUCAAUAGCACCCCAACACUCAACCGCGCGACUAUGGGCAACCACCUUUUGACGAACCCGGUGUUACAGACUCGCACUGGUACCUCUCCUUACAACACUCUGCUGGCUGAGAGCUUCACCCCGCCCUCACCUGGCGUCUUCAACUCUACCGGAACGUUCCGUGACCCAAAGAGCACGUUAUCUAAGGCCCGUGACCCCUGUGGGAUGGAAACUCUGCCCCUGAAUGGUAACUUCAACAACAGCUAUUCCCUGCGCAGUGGCCCAGCCGGUGGAGGAGGGGGCAGCUGUGACUUCCUUGGUGGCGGGGGUGGAGAAAGUCCUCCACCACUCUUCAAUCCUCGCAGCUCAGAGACUCUUGGAGGCGGAGGCAUCCGACGAAACCUCUCAGAUGCCGCAGCCUUUGAGAAAAUGAUCAUCUCUGAGCUUGUGCACAACAACCUGAGAGGUGGUGUUGGAGGAGGAAGUGGAGGAGGGGGAGGUGACGCAGGUGACAGGGUGUGUGGCAGUCUGGCCAGGGGACGUCCACAUGGUGGGGUUGGUCGGGGGACAGCAGGGCCAGGGCCAGAGCCAUCUAUGGGUAUGGAUGAAGACGAGGACUUUAUGAGAGAGGGCCGACAGCGCACUCCGCAGGAUGUGGAGCUGCUUUAUAAAGCUCUGGAGGAACCCCUGCUGUUGCAGCGCGCCCAGUCGGUCCUCUACCAAAGCGAUGCAGAGGAGUCAGAGAGCUACACGGCCGACCUCACUGAGAGCCUAGGCCACAGCGGCCACAGUGGCCAGAGUGCUGGCGGGCAGGGAGACAACAGAGCACCAGAUUCCCCUGCCCGUGACUCCCUGUACACCAGCAUCACCAACCUGCGAGACUCACCCUACCCUGACAGCAGUCCUGAGCCCCUGGAGGUGGUGCCCCGUUCUGCCCAGCCCCCUGAGGAGCUGUACUACAGUUCCGGGAGGCCUGCCCUAGGCUCUCGUGGGGCCCCCAUGCAGACCUUCUACCAGGCCCCACCCCGGAGACCGAGUGGGGAGGGACACCAGGCUCAGGAGCCUGCCCACAACGAGGGAGACGGACAGAUGCAGCUGGUCACCAGCCUGUGACUGGAGCCUGAAGGAGGAAGUUGGGGACUAAUGUGAUGGCCAGAGCCGCCUCCUAGCCCGCCUCGUUCUCGCGUCUCUCCACUUUCUGCUUGUUUGGUUGCCUUUCUUUCUCUUGACUUUUAUUUAACUAACAGAUGAGCAAACAGAGUGACCUUCAGGUGGAGUCGUGGCUGACUCUGCAGAAUCAGCCUUUAUCUUUAACCCUCCCCUGUCUUAUAGUGAUAAGUGAUGGGUGUUUUUCAGCAGAGCAUUCAUCAGCUCUCUCCAAUCCCAGUCCUCCACAGUUCCUUUGGUACCCUAAGGCCAAGUCCAGCACUCUGAAUGUACCGAUCCACCCCCUUUACCUUCAGAUAUUUCAAAACUUUAAAACUUUGUUAAAGUUUUUUAUGUAAUUUCUCUUUAGACCUGCCUCCGGAGAUGGGAAAUAUAAUUUUAUAUUUUAUCUCAUUUCCGUUUCGUACCAUCCAUAGGUCUUUUUUGAAUCAUCAUUUGAUAGGAGUAGUUAGCUGUGGAGACAGGGAAUAUAGUACACUAUUAUAACCUAAAAAAUGUCUCGCAGAAAGCUCUUCAUUGUUGCCAAAAAUAUCUUUUAUUGAGCCAGAACAGAAACUAGAACAUUCACAAAGCAAACACAUACACUCACUCAUCCAGAAGUGCUCAUUACUGAACAUCAAAAAUGAAAACAGUACUCCAUCUAAGUAAAAGGGAGCAAGAGCUUUUGUUCCUAGCAGGCAGUGGGAGCUGAUUCAGUGUAGUUGCCUUCAUUUUCUCUUGCUGUGAAUCGACAACUAUGUACAGAAGUGGAGUUGAGGCAAAAAACGGAGACUGAGGAGGCGCUGCACCACCCCUCCUGAGCAGGAGAGCCUGCAUCCAUAAGACUGGCCAGUUCUCUCCACUCUCUGGUUGUUUGCUUUAGGCAUUUGAAAAGUUAAAUGACUGCCUUGCUAUUGUUUUGAAGAGAGUAUUCAAUUUGUUGACUUUGGGUCUGCAUCCUGUGGGGGCGGCAAAUGCGGACUGGUGUUGCCCCCUCCCCUUCUACGCUGUACUUUGCUGUUAGAGCCUAGCCAGUUGAAGUGGACUUGUUUCCUGUGUGUGGUUGUGACAAGCAAGACUGUAAAAGUUGCAAACACACUGGUCGACCAAUUGGUAUAACUGUGUACAUAGGAACCACACAUGAAUCUACUUUAUUCCUACUAUGUAAAUAGAGACACCAGAUGAUCAAAAGCAACAAAAAGUAACAAAUACUAUGAAAAAUGACUUCUUGUACUGCAACAAACCGACGAAAGAAAAAAAUAAAAUGUUUUGGAGUUUGUGACCUGAAUGAUACACUCUAUCUCUCUCCCCCGUUGCUUGAUCUCUCGCUCUUGUGCCCCAGCACUGUGCCAUUCAGUGAAAAAUCUUUAGUGAUCCAAAGGAGAGAGAAAGGCAGAGAGAGAGACAGAUUAUAAUGUGUAAUAGAUUUUAUUUAUACAAAUGAAAAAUGAAACAAAAAAAUCCUGGCACAAUUUUUAUGUAAUAUAAUCCGUUACAUGUUGUUAAUGUUUGACCUUUGACAUUCCCAGGAUGGAAUUGCAGAGGGCAGCAAGGGGCGGGAGGUGUGGGGCAAGCGAGAUAGAUGUCGUCAAAUGUCAUACUGUGCCUCGCAGGCACGAUAAAGCAUUGUGGGUGAACGACAGCAUCCAUAAAGUGAUUUGGUUUGUUCUUGUAUUAUUUGGAAGAUAUAACCAGAUUACAUACUUUUAACAACAUGGGUUUUAGCAUGUACAAUAAUGACAUUUGUUUUGUUAUCAGAGAAUAUUGCAUUUUGCUGUUUCUUAAAGAUAGUUUCAGCAUUACUCCAGAGCCUAAUGUGACAAUUCAUUAAUUUCCUGUGUGCAUGUGUUUGUGUGCAUGUGUGUAAGUAUGAAUGUGUUUGAAUGACUGGUUGUGUGUAUUAAGUUUCCAGUGUGUGUGCGUGCUGUGCACCAGACUUUUAAAUGUGCACACACAUUUGAAAGACUAUUUUUUGUGACAUGACUUGAAUGCAUAUCAGACAAGGGGGGAUACUCAUCUCAGAGAGCUGCCAUUACUUCUCUGCCUCAAAUGGAAGUUGCUCUUGCCGUGGCGUUCAGGUAUGAGGAGAAAUCAGACCGCCCCGGGAGACAUGAGAUAACCAUAUACCAUGAAAAUGACAAGCAGGGUUGACCGAUUGGGAGGAACAUGUUUCCAAUAUGCCACCUUAUGCAAGCGAUACAUUUGAGAAAUUAGCUGUCAAGAGAGAGACGCUCGUGAGGCUUCUUUCAUCCAGCUGAAAUCUGUCUGACCUUUAAAAAAAAUGAGAGUUUGCCUUCUUCUACGCUGUAUUUAUAGGUAUUUGUUAUGGUUUAUUUAUCAGUUUUUAUGUAUGUUUUUGGAAUAUUUAUUCACAUUGAUUUAUUCAUGGCAUUGGGUUUUUUCUUUCCUUUCGACUGUCUCCCUCGUAAACCUGCGCCUAGCAAAAGAUUGGGAUGUGUGGACAGAACGUGAGCAGAAAAUAAAUGCAUCCACUGCAGUGUGACAUUUGGCUAGGGCCCGACUGUCCCACUUCUAAGAGAACCCAAAGGACAGCUUUUAGCUGUGGCUCCUGGGGCUGAAAGAGAGAGAGGGUUAAAGACAGAUAAGGGAGAGGGAUUACAAGGAUUUGCCACCAUUUAUUCUUGUUAUUCAAAUCACUUGUGUAAGUAACAUUGUAUGGGCCAUGGAACACGAUGAGGCUCAGAAAGAAGGCCCUAGUAUCAUCACUUGAGCCAUAGGGGGAACAUGUGCAAUACUGGUUUGAUGGUAGCUGACUUGGAUUUGCAGCUGACCCUGGGAGCUGUCGGUGUUUACAAAUGAAAAGACAUUAUGCACAUGUAUUCUGCUCUGCUGCAGUGCUGGACAAUGUGAAGCACAGAUCUUAUGGCUCAGUGGUGGGGCACCGUACCGGAGCAGCACUCGCUGGUCAACUGAGGACAACUGAAUGUAUUUUAACAAGCAGGAUUGAAGAUCAAACAAUUCACUCCAGGGUGGAAGUGUUAAUGGGAAACACAAGGCAGCCAUCAUCAUCUUUCUCCUCAUCACUCUCAUCACCAUCAUCAUUAACUUCAUCCCUCUCUCAUUGUAUUUGACAUAAUAUGCUGAUGCUGAUCUCUACUGCUCAGCUGGGACCCACCCCAGGGAGAAACACUGUUUAGACAGACACUCCCCAUGAGAGGAGGAAUGUGCGUCACCUAGGGCCUGCUUCUCUUUUUUCCAGCACCUCCCAGCUCCUUUUCUUUUCCUCCCUCUUCUGCCAUCUCAUCCACAUUUUAAUAUCAAUCUCAAUGGACUCCAUUAGUGCAGCACUUCUUUGAGAGUGUUAAUUUGUUUUGUCAAAAGCUUUGUUUAUCCCAGAUUAAUAUCUCAAUAAACAAAGGAGUGCUGUACUGUGGUAAAUGAUAGUGAUUAUACAGUAGAAGGUCUGCGGCCCGUGCUGUCGGACGGAGGCUAACACAACGGGAGUUUCUCCACCAUUCAAAGCCCUCAAAACCUCUGAUUACAAUAAUAACUCUGUGGGUACUAAUUUACUGCAGUGAACUCACCCUCACUCUCUUUUCUUUUCUCUUUUUCUGUCUCUGCCUGCAAAUGUUUAACACAACUCCCAUUCCUUGCCACCGGCAAGCCUGACGUGGGUGUGCUCCAAUGGUUAGGUGGGAAGUUGUUUAAAAGGUGGGAUGCCGAACUUUUGACAUAAUGCUGUCUCACCCCUGCAGCUCAGUGUCAGUGGAGAGUGAGCUGUGGCAUUGUUCAGUCUAUCAUUAGACAGCAGAGGUCCCAGCAGGCCUACAGUCCGUUUACUUGCUGUUGACCCUUUUUCUUCUUACCAGUGAUUUGUGUGGUGCAUAUCACAC